AUGCAGACAGGGGAGCAGAGGGAGUGGGAAAUGCUCUUUAAUAGAAACAAAAUGGCAGCAAGGGGGAUGAAUCUCUCAUAUAUUGCUCUAAUUAUACAAGAUGGAGUGAAGAUUGUUGAGCUUAAUAAAGAGAAAAUUGAGAAAGGCAGUGCAAAAUGGAGACAAUCCCUAAUUCUAUACGUUGUGGGAGAGGAUCCGACUAUUGGGGUCCUAGAAAGAUUUAUUGCUGCAACAUGGAACUUUGCAUCAAAGCCAAAGGUAUUCUACCAUAACGAUGGUUACUUUGUUGUUCGAUUCAAUAGUAUAGAAGACAAGGAUGUUGUCCUAUGUUCUGCGCCAUAUACGAUAAAUAGCAAGCCAAUUAUUAUCAAAUCCUGGGCACCUACGUUCAAUUUUCAUAGUAAAGUUCUGCAAACGAUCCCUCUAUGGGUGAAACUGCCAAAUUUGCCUCUGAGUUGCUGGGAAGGGGAGACACUAAGCAGAAUUGGAAGUGGACUUGGAGUACCUGUUUAUGCAGAUGAAUGCACAACAAAAGUGGAAAGAAUCUCAUAUGCCCGAUUACUAGUGGAAAUGAAUGUUACUAGGCCCUUACCAAAGACUAUAAAGGUCAAAGAUCCGACGGGAGAUGUUUAUGACCAAGAGAUAGUAUACGACUGGGUACCGGAAUACUGUCAUACUUGCUUACAGGCUGGGCAUUUAUGCAAUCUGUCACAGAACAAGAAGGCACCUGUAAGACGCACAGGAAACAGUCAAGGGAAUGAGGGGCAGAAUGCAUCAGAAGCUCAAGGGGAAAAGAGAAAAGGGAAACAGAUUGAAGAAAAGCAAAAUGAGAUAGAAGGAACAAGCAAAGAAACUAAUCUUGAAGAUGAUCAAUCACAAGGAGGCCAAUGGCAAAUAGUUCGAAACAAAUCAGCUACAAAGGGGAGCUAUAACAAAGGGCAGCGGAGCAACUCUGGUGAAGGAACAACAACUCUUACUACUGCAGAACAGUUUAUUCAUGCUAUAUAUGGUUUGCACACAAUAGAAGACAGGAGAGGGUUGUGGGAUGGCUUAAGGAAUAUACAGAGGUCACAGCAGGACCCUUUGCUUGCCAUGGGUGAUUACAAUGCAGUUUUACAGGCUGAAGAUAGGAAGUAUGGUAAUCCUGUCAGUGAGAUAGAAACUAAGGACUUUAGUGACUUUCUCUUUGAUACUGGAGUGACUGAAAUGAAAUCAGUAGGGAGAGAGUAUACUUGGACAAAUACACGUAUCUAUAGUAAGAUUGAUAGAGCACUGGUAAACUCAGAAUGGUGUAUCAAAUAUCAUUACUUGGAGGCCAACAUCAUGGAUCCACAUUUCUCAGACCACUCUCCCUUAUGUUUCAAGUUAAAAGAAGAGCUACAAGGAGGACCCAGGCCCUUUCGAUUCCUUAACUGUCUAGCUGACCAUGAGAAUUUCAUUCAGGCAGUGGCAGCAGCUUGGAACCAAAGGACUAAUGGAACUGGUAUGAAUAAAAUCUGGCAGAAGCUGAAAUCAUAA